UAAAACUUUAUUUGGGAAAAUAUAUCAUUUAAGUCUCAACUUUUUUACAGUGCUUACUUACAAUUUAUUCGCUUCAUUAAUUAAUAUUGCCGUGUAAUUGUGUUGGAGCUGUGUUAAAUCAUGCGAUAUCAACUUUUAUUACAACUGUUUAUAUAUUUGUGUUUAUGUAUGCAUACAUUGGUUCAUGCAAAGAAACAAAAAAACAAUCUCAUAACACAAACCAAUGAAAAGGAAUUCAAGAAGUUACUAAGAACCAAAACAAAUGUAUUGGUUUUAUUUGUUAAUGAACCAAAAUCAUCUCAGGCUAUUGUGGAUGUUUUCAAAGAGACUGCAGAUGCGAUGAAAGGAAAAGCAACUUUAGUGUCCAUUGAUUGUAGUAACAGCGAUGGCAAAAAAUUAUGCAAAAAAUUAAAAGUUACCAAUGAAAAACCAUAUCACAUUAAAUAUUAUAAAGAUGGUGAAUUUCACAAAGACUAUGAUAGGGGUGAGACUGUUUCUGCCUUUUGUAACUUUCUACGUGAUCCUACCGGUGACUUGCCCUGGGAGGAAGAUCCGAAAGCGACAGAUAUAUUUCAUCUCCAGGAUGGCGAGGCAUUGACAAAAUUCUUGAAGAAGAGUAUGGCAUCAUAUAAGAGGUCUUUGAUUAUGUUCUAUGCUCCUUGGUGUGGAUACUGCAAGACCAUGAAACCUGAGUAUGUCGCUGCGGCUGCUGAUUUAAAGGGUGAAGCAUUACUUGCAGCUAUUGAUGUUGCUAAGCCAGGAAAUUCAAGAAUAAGACAACAAUACAAUAUCACUGGAUUCCCCACCCUUCUAUACUAUGAGAAGGGUCAGUUUCGUUUCCCGUAUAAUGGAGACAACAAACAUCAAGCAAUAGUUGAUUUCAUGAGAGAUCCAAACUCACAAGUACAUCAAAAGAAAAGGGAAGUAGAUGAUGAAAGUUGGUCGCAGGAUUCAGAUGUUGUGCAUUUAACAGCUGACACUUUCGACAGUGUGUUGGCGAAUGUUGAACAUGCUUUAGUGGUCUUCUACGCACCCUGGUGUGGACAUUGUAAAAGAAUCAAACCGGAGUUUGAAAAAGCAGCGGCAAGGAUAAAUAACGAAAAUAUCCCAGGCGUUUUAGCCGCUGUAGAUGCGACUGUAGAAUCAGCCUUGGCUAUGCGUUUCGGUGUUAAAGGCUACCCAACACUAAAGUACUUCAACAAAGGUCAAUACAAGUACGAUGCCGGACAUGCCAGACAAGAGGAACAAAUUGUGGACUUUAUCAAGAAUCCUCAAGAGCCGCCGCCUCCGCCUCCACCAGAAAAGCCCUGGUCUGAAGAGGAAGGACAAGUUAGACAUCUCAGUGAAUCUACAUUCAAAAAUACCCUCCGGAAGAUCAAACAUGCAAUAAUAAUGUUCUAUGCACCAUGGUGUGGACACUGCAAGAGUACGAAACCUGAAUUCUCUGAAGCAGCGGAAACAUUUUCCGAUGAAUUGUCAGUUGUGUUUGGUGCAGUUGACUGUACAACUGAACAACAACUAUGUUCUGAUUACAAAGUGCGAGGAUAUCCUACAAUUAAAUACUUCAGUUACUUCAAUAAACUAGUCGAAGAUUACACCGGAGGACGGAAGAAAGAAGAUUUCAUAACAUUCAUUAACAGUCAGCGGGGUAAACAUGAGACUUCGCAGAAGAAGAAGACAAGUCAGGAGGCGGGCUUUGGUAUUAAUGUUCAGAUGAUUAAUGAUGACGAUUUCCAUUCAGUUAUAGCCUCAAAAACACCCACAUUUAUCAUGUUUUAUGCUACAUGGUGCGGUCAUUGUUCGACAGUGAAGCCGGUAUACAGUAGACUUGCGACUAAAAUGAAGUCAAUCGGUGGACCUGUCCUAGUCGCAGCGGUGGAAGCCUCCGAUAAUCCAAAAGUCGCAGACUACGCCAAGAUCGAAACUUUGCCUACAUUCAAAAUAUACUCAAAUGGUAAUUUAUUAGCUGAUUAUGAUGGAGAUAGAUCUGCAGAAGAUUUUGAACGUUUCUGUAUGUCACAUGCUAAAACGAAAGAUGAACUAUGAUCUAAUGUUAAUUUUCAAUUCUGCAUAGUAUUUGAUUUGAGUUGGCACAUGGCCUAUAAAUGAAUUCUUAGUCCCGAUGUGCCAAGUCAAUCAGGUACUAUUUGGCGUCUUGCAGUCUGUUUUCUGUCAAAUUAUUUGUCAAUUACUGGUUUAAACCUGUUUAUUCCAUUUUUGA